UAAAAAAAUGCGUGUUUGCGUCACGUGACGCGGCGGCCGCCAUGCUGUCCCGGCUGCUGAAGGAGCACCAGGCCCGCCAGAGCGAGCGGCGCGAGCUGCAGGAGCGGCGCCGCAGGGACGCCAUCGCGGCCGCCACCCGCCUCACCGAGGCCCUGGUGGAUCACCUGAACGUGGGGGUGGCCCAGGCCUACGUGAACCAGCGCAAGCUGGACCAGGAGGUGAAGACGCUGCAGGUGCAGGCGGCGCAGUUCGCCCGCCAGACCGGCCAGUGGAUCGCCAUGGUGGAGAGCUUCAACCAGGCCCUCAAGGUGGGCAAAAAACCCACAGAACACAGCCCAAAAUACACCCCAAACACACUGCAAAAACACUGCAAAACCACCCUAAAACACGGCCCAAAUAGAGCCCAAAAUACACCCCCAAACCCAGCCCAAAACACACCCCAAACCCAUCCCCAAACACACCCCAAACACACUGCAAAAACACUGUAAAAACACCCUAAAACACAGCCCAAAUACAGCCCAAAAUACACCCCCAAACCCACCCCAAACCCAUCCCCAAACACACCCCAAACACACUGCAAAAACACUGCAAAAACACCCUAAAACACAGCCCAAACAGAGCCCAAAAUACACCCCCAAACCCAGCCCAGAGCAGCCAGUGGAUCGCCAUGGUGG